UUUACUUUCUCUGAGUUUAUUUAUUCUGGUUUCACCGAACUUCUAACAGAUUUAUGUGUUUUUAAGUUAAACUUAAGAGUUUUUAUGUCCCGACAAAAUGUUUUCCACGUAGAAACGUGGCAUGAAUCUAAAUUUCGUACGGAGAGACCGAACCAACCCGGAAAUGGGUUCUUCUUCUCUGACUGCGUCUCUGCUCCUGCUGUCUCUGGUCUUCAUGCAGUUUGUCUCUGCUGCAGAUCACAACAGAUUAACAAUCAAAGCUGAACCUGGAGAUAACCUGAUUCUGCCAUGUAAAGAUCCUGAUCAGGGGUUAAUCAUAGUUGUAGAGUGGAAGAGAACCGAUCUGGAGUCAGAAUAUGUCCUCCGGUACAGAGACAAGCAGAUCAAUCCAGAAAACCAGCAUCCAUCUUACAAGAACCGGGCUGAUCUGCUGAUUGGUCAGAUGAAGGUUGGAGACGCUUCAUUGAUUCUGAGGAACGCAGCGACUGAUGACAGCGGGACGUAUGAAUGUCGAAUCGUUCAGACAGGCAGUGAGAUGAAACUGAUCAGCACCGUCGACCUGCAGGUUUCUCCUCCUCCAG